CUUCCAACAAAACAUUAAAAUACAGAAAUCCAUCAAACAUUAAAAGCUUCCCUUGAGAUGCCUUCUAAAGGUCUGGUAAUUGUUGUUCUCUUUGACCUUGGGUGGGAGGGCAUUCCACAGGGUGGGCGCCACUACCGAGAAGGCCCUCUGCCUGGUUCCCUGUAACUUGGCUUCUCGUAGCGAGGGAACCGCCAGAAGGCCCUCGGCACUGGACCUCAGUGUCCGGGUAGAACGAUGGGGGUGGAGACGCUCCUUCUCAUAAAAGAUGCGGGAGGAGAUGAUUAAUAAUUGGAGCCACGAAGGGGAGGAUGGAAGUCCAGGAGAUUCCUUGGAAUCUUGUUUUUAUGGUUUAUGUUUGAUAUAUCUCUGCAAAACUUUAAUUUGAAAAACCAAAGAAAUAAAUUUAUAUUAAAAAAAAGAGAGAGAACAGGACGUUGGAUGACAGGGACUGUUGGGGCUGAUCUCAGCGCCUUGAGUUCCACCAUGGGAGAAAGGUUGGAGGCCCGUCAACCAAUAACCCUCCCUCCUUCUUAGAGCUUCUGGUUCACCAGUCAAAGCGAUGAAGAGGACCCUUCGUCUCCGGGGCAGGAAGCUGCCUCAGAACCGAGUCAGACCUGUUCCAACCAUUACGCCGUGCUGCUGCUACUGUCUGGAGAAAUUGCCACCCAUGGAGCUGCUUCUCCUCCCAUAGCAGCCACUGCCUUUGUUGUCUGAUAUUUCUUCCACCCUCCUAUGAGCAAGGCGGCAACAGCAGCACAGGAAAUUCUAGCCAGCUGGUAGUUGUCGGAGCUCCUGGCCUUGCUGCGCCUCUCUCUCUCUGGUUGCGCCUCUCUCUCUCUCUCUCUCUCUCUCUCUCUCUCUCUCUCUCUCUCUCUCUCUCUCUCUCUCUCUCCCUGUGUGUGGGCGGGGGUGGCAGCCUUAUGGAUUUAGUCAACACUGGGAGGGAGUGUAUGGGCUGGGCUUUUUCUCCGGCUUGGCCCAUGGUGACUCCCGGUCUGGCCUGCCGUUGGUUAUUAUGGAUUCAAUCAUUCUUCAGGAGCGAUUAGUCGAGCGGCUGCUUUCUCCCAGGACCCAGACCCAGCGAAGCCACUCAGCCAAGCUGAAGAGGAAUGGAGGCAACCUACAACCCUCGGAUCACCUUGACCACGAAAAGCAGUAUGUGGGGUUCGCCACUCUCCCCAACCAGGUGCACCGGAAAUCUGUGAAGAAGGGCUUUGAUUUCACCCUCAUGGUGGCAGGAGAGUCGGGCCUGGGUAAAUCUACUUUGGUAAACAGCUUGUUCCUGACAGACCUCUACAAAGACCGGAAACUUCUCAAUGCCGAAGAAAGAAUCAGUCAGACAGUAGAGAUUGUGAAACACACGGUGGACAUCGAGGAGAAGGGGGUGAAGUUGAAGUUAACAAUUGUCGACACGCCAGGGUUUGGAGAUGCUGUGAACAACACUGAGUGUUGGAAGGUCAUCACGGAUUACAUUGACCAGCAGUUCGAACAGUACUUCCGGGAUGAGAGCGGCCUCAAUCGGAAGAACAUCCAGGACAACCGAGUGCACUGCUGCCUCUACUUCAUCUCCCCCUUUGGCCACGGGCUGAGGCCGGUAGACGUGGAGUUCAUGAAGGCUCUGCAUGAAAAAGUGAACAUUGUUCCCCUUAUUGCCAAAGCCGACUGCCUCAUUCCCUCUGAGAUCAAGAAGCUAAAAGAGCGGAUCAGGGAGGAGAUUGACAAGUUUGGAAUUAAAGUUUACCAGUUUCCUGAGUGUGAUUCUGACGAAGACGAGGACUUCAAACAACAAGACAGAGAGCUGAAGGAAAGUGCUCCCUUUGCAGUCAUCGGCAGCAACACGGUGGUUGAGGCCAAAGGCCAGAGGGUACGAGGGCGGCUGUACCCUUGGGGAAUUGUGGAAGUGGAAAACCAGGCGCACUGUGACUUUGUGAAACUGCGGAACAUGCUGAUCCGAACGCACAUGCACGACCUGAAGGACGUCACCUGCGACGUUCACUACGAGAACUAUCGGGCGCAGUGCAUCCAACACAUGACCAGCAAGCUGACUCAGGAUAACAGGAUAGAGAGCCCCAUUCCGAUUUUGCCGCUCCCAACACCAGAUGCAGAAACGGAGAAGCUGAUAAAGAUGAAAGAUGAAGAGUUGCGUAGAAUGCAAGAGAUGCUGCAGAAAAUGAAACAGCAGAUGCAAGACCAGUGAAAAAAAAGGAAGCUGGGGCGGAAGUUGCAAAGGAAGGGAUCGUCCUUGUCACUUGUCUGCAGUUCAGCUGGAAUCGCAGAUGCUUUAGGAAGGACUUUCCUGUUGCAAAAAAACAAAAACAAAAACAGAGACUUGUGAGCAAGAGCGGCGCUCCCUCCCUCCCUCCCUCCCUCCCUCUAAUUCAGGGGUCGCCAACAUGGUGCCCUGCAAACACUGUGGAAAUACAACUCCCAUCACAGGAAGUUGGCAGUGCACCAGUGGCUGCAGGACACCAUGCCAGCUAACCCCUGCUCUAUUUUGAUCGUAGCAACGUCUGUUAGUGGGAAGGCGGGGAGGCGAGAGGGGAGAGAGGUCGCUUGCUGUGGACCUCUUCCACAAUCGGGAUAUUCCCCGCUGUUCCCACUCUUUCCUAGAUGUACUAAACUGUUGUUAAGGAGCAUUCUGGUAUUUAAAACCAACCAACCAACCAACCAACCACCGUUUCUAUGGCACAUGGAUUUUGAGGACUCUUGUGUAAAAUGCACGUUAACUGUUUACUUCUAACCAAGGUGCUGUGAGGUCCUCCUCCUCCUCUUUCCAGCUCCCCCCACCCUAUUUUGUCCUCAAACUUUCUGAGGUCACGGCAAGCUUUUGCAAGAAGGCCGGCGAUACCUCUGAACCAAGUGCUGCCGACAUGAGCAACAACCAGCCUGGCCUCUUGCCUAGGACAUCCCUUGGUCCUCUCUCCCCCCCCCCCCCCAGCCGCUUUGAGAAGAUGAGCAAAAGGUUGGUUGGGUGUGUGGCAUUCUAUGAUGAUGGUUUCUCGAAACAUUCCUGACAUGACGACGACGAUGUUUUUACUAAGAAUCUCAUGGCUCUUUUUUUGCACUACGGGGGAGGAGUUAAAAGACCUGCUGGCGAGGGAUCCUAGUAAAAAAAACA